UGUGGUAAUUAGAGGGAUUAAAGUACAGUUUUUUCUUUAAAGAAAAGAAAUCUUAUUCGUUUUCGAACCAGGCCAAGACACAGAAGACUUGCAUCAUCGAGAUCCAACGCCACUGAUAUCUGAAUUAAGAAAUUUGGAUGCGUUAAAAGUCCUUUGAAUUUUGAGAAGCUGGUGAAAUGGAAGACUGUUACUCCCUUGUAAGGAGAUGGGAGGACCUGCACACUGAUAUUUUGGUGAAGAUUUUCCAGUCUUUUGACAUAUUUGAGUUAACUAAGGGCAUUGCUCAUGUCUGUAGUGCAUGGCGUAUGGCUGCUUGUGAUCCUCUGCUUUGGAGAACACUUGAUUUAUCAAUGUUGAAAUCUAAUUUCAUAAUAAUCCUAUUAGAGCCAUAUGUUUACGUUGAUAGCCCAUCUGAUAAGACAUUGACUCGUCUGUUGAAGAUUUCUUUGAGUCUCAGCAGGGGAAACAUAACAACCUUGAUUUUCCAUUUCAACCUGUACGUGAAUGAUGAGCAGUUGACUUAUACUGCUGAAAGAUGCCCACAGCUCAGAAGACUUGUUCUGCCGGCUUGGAACAGAAUAAAAAAGACUGGAAUAUGCAAGGCCAUUCGCGCAUGGAAAGAUCUUGAGUCCCUAACAAUGCCUAGCAUAGCAAAUCCUCCAUAUCUUAUGGAGGAAAUUUCCAAGAACUGCAAGAACUUUAGUACACUGAAGAUUAUGGGCCCUUGUAACAUUUUGUUUGCUUCUACACUAGCCACAUAUCUUCCAAAACUACAGGUCCUAAGUCUCCGAUGCUCAAUUGUAGACAAGGAUGCUCUGAUCAUUAUCCUUGAUGGUUUACAACACCUAGAAGUGCUUAACAUAUCGCAUUGCCUUCUGAUAGAAGUCCUUCCACCUCCUGCAUCUAAAAGAGUUGUUCGAGAAAUUGAUCAAUCUAUUCUUGACAGGGCGUCUCGGUUGCGCGAAUUUUUAACAUGCAUGAAAGACUCAUGCAUUAUGUGCCAGCGAACCAAAAAUGAUGAAGGGCACGUUAGGUGGUACAGGUAUGAGGAAGGGUUUUGGAAAGCAGAUGAGGUGAGCUCUCUUGCACUUUGAUUAGAGCAUGCAGGGAUUGUACUUCAAUGAAUUAGAAGCGUAGUAUAUGACUCUUUUUUCCUUUGGUUAUUGUAUUGCUUUUAUGCUAGACACGGGAUAAAUGUCACAGAAUUAACAUAAACGUGAGCUGUCUGUGGUCUUACUUGUAUUGUUAAAAGGCAUCCCCCUGGCUCAGUGGUGGUGGGGUUCUGAGGUUUUUGACACAUCAUCUGCUUGGUUCGGGAUUAUUGAUGUCUGUAUUUUUUGUACAUGUAGUAAGUUCUUGUUGUAAUGGGAUUCUCAAUUUGGUCCCUCACUCACUUUCAGUAAUUAUGAAGAUUUGACUUGAAAUAUUUAGAGAUGAAUUACUUGCUGACAUUGUAGUCUCACUUGCAGGAUUCAAGGUAGCACUGAUGGUCAGUAUUUGUUUGCACGAUUCUUUAACACCACAUUUAUGUCUACAUUUGCUAAUGACCCCAUAUGUUCAUAGUCACAGUACAUGCAUUGAUGAUGGGUUGGUGUCUUGGAACCUUUUUGUGAUUGUUACAGAUAUCAGAUGUGGAUGAGAAAGUAAAAUAGGUUGUUUUAUAUCUACUGCAGAUAGACAUGUUUGGAGAUGGAGAUGAGCUUUAGACAGUGCUGAGUGCACCAUUUUUUUGACUAUUGUGUAUUUGUUCUUUGGGAUUGUUAUUGUAGGACAUCUUUUGCCAUCUUCUUAAACGCUUUCCGAUUAUGGCAUUAUCUCUGGCCUUAUUUGUUUUGUAUACACUUCAUUUCCAUAUUUGUAUUGAAGCAUAACCAUGUGUUAUGCAUCUUAUUUUGUUAAUUAUUUGUAUCAAGAACA